AGAAUGGAUAUUGGUGCCUGCAGGUAUGUUCAUGACGUGGCUCUGAAAUCUGACUACAAGAAAGAGGUUGUAAAUCGUAGUUUUUACUACGAGCUUGAGGCUCUUAGUCACCUCGAAGAUUUCGUUGGCGAUUGUGAUAGGAGAACUGAAAUAGCCAAGGCCAAGCUGAGAGAGACUCAGGAGGAAUUGUCUGAUGAAGCCUCUUUGCAAGCGGAAAAUAUAAAUAAGCUUGGAGAAGAAAUCGGUACUAAGUUAGCUAAGGCGGAAGCUUUAGGAGCAGAAGGGAAGGUGGAAGAUUCUCUUAGAUUUAUGUCAGAAGUGGAAGAAUUAAGUAAGGUGAAAGCCAAAGCAGAAGCAGACUUGAGAAAUUCGAUUCCUACGUCUACAUAUCAGCAGCAGAAACUGCGCGUGUGUGAAGUUUGCUCGGCUUAUCUGGGUGUCCAUGAUAAUGACCGCAGAUUGGCUGAUCACUUUGGAGGAAAGCUUCACUUGGGUUUUAUUUCUAUAAGGACAAAACUUGCAGAAUUAAGGAGGUUUGUAAGGGAUCGCGACCUUAUCAGACGACAUCGUGAGGAAAUAUUGUUAAGGCGCAGAGAAAGGCGUGAGCGAAGCCGGGAACGUGAGAAAGAACGUGAGCGUGAGAAGGAGAAGGAGAAGGAGCGGGACAGGGACAGGAGUCGACGGCGUAAAACCUCCAAAAGCAGUCAUUCCAGAUCCGCUUCUGGGUCAUCCUCGGAAUCUCGAUCUCGUUCUAGCAGCCAAUCUCGAAGUCACAAGCGAGAGCAUCAUUCUUCUAGUGGCCGAUCUCAUGGAAGCAGUAAAGAAAGAAAACAUCAUAAGUCUCGCCGCGACCGAAGCUAUGAACGCCGAUAA